UGCGCCCGUGAGUCGCCAGCGCGCAUCCGGAUAGCAGCCAGGCGGCGGGCGCUGUGCGGGCUGCUUUGCAUUAUGUGCCGCUCCGCCCUGGCUUUCUUUACUGCCGCAUUUGUCUGCCUGCAAAACUGCCGGCCAGGUCCUGCCCCAUUCCUUCGGGCGGCCUGGGUGUUUUUAGUUGUUCUUGGACUGGGCCAGAGUGAAGACAAUAGAUGUACAUCCUCGAAUGCAGCUUCCUGCACCAAGUGCCUUGCUCUGGGUCCGGAAUGUGGAUGGUGUGCUCAAGAGGAUUUCAUUUCAGGUGGAUCAAGAAGUGAACGUUGUGAUAUUAUUUCCAAUUUAAUAAGCAAAGGCUGCUCAAUUGAUUUGAUAGAAUACCCAUCGGUGCAUGUAAUAGCAAGUGAAAAUGAAAUGAAUACACAGGUGACACCAGGAGAAGUGUUGAUCCAGCUGCGUCCAGAAGCGGAAGCUAAUUUUAUGCUGAAAAUUCAUCCUCUGAAGAAAUACCCUGUGGAUCUUUAUUACCUGGUUGAUGUCUCAGCAUCAAUGCACAAUAAUAUUGAAAAAUUAAAUUCUGUUGGAAAUGAUUUAUCUAGAAAAAUGUCAUAUUUCUCCCGUGACUUCCGCCUUGGAUUUGGCUCAUAUGUUGAUAAAACAGUUUCACCAUACAUUAGCAUCCACCCAGAAAGGAUUCAUAAUCAAUGCAGCGACUACAAUUUAGACUGUAUGCCUCCCCAUGGAUACAUCCAUGUGCUAUCUUUGACAGAGAACAUUACUGAGUUUGAAAAAGCAGUUCACAGACAAAAGAUCUCCGGAAAUAUAGAUACACCUGAAGGAGGUUUUGAUGCCAUGCUUCAGGCAGCUGUCUGUGAGAGUCAUAUUGGAUGGCGAAAAGAAGCUAAAAGAUUGCUGCUGGUGAUGACAGAUCAGACAUCUCAUCUUGCUCUUGAUAGCAAAUUGGCAGGCAUAGUGGUGCCAAAUGACGGAAACUGCCAUCUGAAAAACAACAUCUACGUCAGAUCUACAAGCAUGGAACAUCCCUCACUAGGCCAACUUUCUGAGAAGUUAAUAGACAACAACAUUAAUGUCAUCUUUGCCGUUCAAGGAAAACAGUUUCAUUGGUAUAAGGACCUUCUACCCCUCUUGCCUGGCACCAUUGCUGGUGAAAUAGAAUCAAAGGCUGCAAACCUCAAUAAUUUGGUAGUAGAAGCCUAUCAGAAACUCAUUUCAGAAGUGAAAGUUCAGGUGGAAAACCAGGUAAAAGGCGUCUAUUUUAAUAUUACUGCCAUCUGUCCAGAUGGGACCCGAAAAGCAGGCACAGACGGAUGUGGAAAUGUGACAAGCAAUGACGAAGUUCUUUUCAAUGUCACAGUUACAAUGAAAAAAUGUGAUGUCACAGGAGGAAAAAGCUAUGCAAUCAUCAAACCUAUUGGUUUCAAUGAAACCACUAAAAUUCAUAUACACAGAAACUGCAGCUGUCAGUGUGAGGACAGCAGAGGACCUAAACGAAAGUGUAUAGAUGAAAUUUUUCUAGAUGCCAAAUGUUUCCAGUGUAAUGAGAAUAAAUGUCAUUUUGAUGAAGAUCAGUUUCCUUCUGAGAGUUGCAAGUCACAUAAAGAUCAACCUGUUUGCAGUGGCCGAGGAGUUUGUGUUUGUGGGAAAUGUUUAUGUCACAAAAUUAAGCUUGGGAAAGUGUAUGGAAAAUAUUGUGAAAAGGAUGACUUUUCUUGUCCAUAUCACCAUGGAAAUCUGUGUGCUGGGCAUGGAGAGUGUGAAGCGGGCAGAUGCCAGUGCUUCAGUGGCUGGGAAGGAGAUCGGUGCCAGUGCCCAUCAGCAUCAGCCCAGCACUGUGUCAAUCCAAAGGGCCAAGUGUGUAGUGGAAGAGGCACAUGUGUAUGUGGCAAGUGUCAGUGCACUGAUCCCAGGAGCAUCGGCCGCUUCUGUGAACACUGCCCCACGUGUCACACAGCCUGCAGUGAAAACUGGAAUUGUGUGCAAUGUCUUCACCCUCAUAAUCUAUCUCAAGCUAUACUUGAUCAUUGUAAAACUUCAUGUGCUCUCACAGAACAGCAUUAUAUGGACCAAACAUCAGAAUGUUUCUCUAGCCCAAGCUAUUUAAGAAUAUUUUUCAUCAUCUUCAUAGUUACAUUCUUGAUUGGGUUGCUUAAAGUCCUUAUCAUUAGACAGGUGAUACUACAAUGGAACAGUAAUAAAAUUAAGUCCUCGGCAGAUUACAGGGUGUCAGCCUCAAAAAAGGACAAGUUGAUUCUGCAAAGCGUUUGCACAAGAACAGUAACCUACCGACGUGAGAAACCUGAAGAAAUAAAAAUGGAUAUCAGCAAAUUAAAUGCUCAUGAAACUUUCAGGUGCAACUUCUAAAGAGAUAAAAAGUACUUUAUGGGAAACUGGAUUUUUAAUAAUUGCUCCUAGAAAAUAUACUGUUAGAAGUCACAGGAGGAGACAAACUGUUCUAGAUCAUGCUGGUUGCUGGUUGUCCACUUGAAUGAAGACUGACAAGCAUCCUCAUCAUCAUGUGACUCACAUCGCUGCUGAAUUUUUCAGAGAAAAAUGUGUCUUACUACUGUUUGAGACUAGUGUCAUUGUAGCACUUUACUGUAAUAUAUAACUUAUUUAGAUCAGCAUAGAAUGUAGAUCAUCUGAAGAGCACUGAUUACACUUUACAGGUACCUGCCAUUCCUGUGCUUCCCAGAGAGAGACAAUGCUGUGAGAUAGUUUGGGCACUGUGUCACUACAAGGGUACAGUAAUCCCUCCACUGAACAUGUGGAUGAAAAAAAUAACAGGCAGUUAUAGUACUGUUGCCAAACACUUCUACAACUGGCAGUGACUAGACAAGAACAUCUAGAUGAAUAAAUGGUUAGUGUUUCACUCAUUCAAGAGGUUAAUAGAUAAAACCUUAAUCUUGAGGGAAACUUCUUUCGAAACUGUGUAGUGUUAUGCAUCUGUUUAUGUUUUCUGCUUUUUACAAGAUACUAAUCCCAACAUUUUCUCCUCUUUGCCUUCAUGUUUUUUCUUUCUUACAGGAUAAGUUUAUAUUAUGUCACAGAUGACUGGAUUAAAUAAGUGCUAAGUUACUACUGCCAUAAAAAACUAAUAAUACAAUGUCACUUUAUUAGAAUACUGAUGUUUUAAAAGCUGAAUGUUUAAUAAGGGACACUGUAAAGUCACAUCAAAAUCAGAACAGCUUCGUUGUGUGCAGACGUGGAGUCUUAUAUCUUCUUACCUGAUAAACUGGAUGUUCCACCAUUUCAUUUGUCUAAUCAUCAGGUUGAAGUUCACAAGGUAUUUAGAAACUCUGCCUCAAGCAAAGUACCACAUUUUUUAGUGCGCUCUCUCAGAUAUUAAAUCCAAGUAGAUAUGAGCAUUUUUCAAAUUAAAAGCUAUAGUAAGCUCUAUUCUUUUUUGCAUUUCAGUACAGCCUAAGAGAUUCUGUCCCUGAAUCACCUCAACCCUACUCACCAGAAUUUUAAAGGUAUACAGUGGGAGGAGGAUAGACAAUAGCUUAGAAGUAAGCUAAUUCAUCCUCUUAGUUAGUCAGGGAACUGAGGCUCACAAAGUUUAAAUGAUUUCUUAAAAAACACCCAAGUGAUUAAGUGGCAGCAUUUGAAGAGAAAUUCUAUCUUCGGAUUGCCAGGCUAGUGUCCGUUGCACAAUAUCAUGCUACCUCUUGAAUCUUUAAAAUAUUUGAUUGGCAAGUAUUUUUAAACGUGAUUUACUGAAGUCUUAAGUAUAUGAGCAUGAGAAAAUUUCAAAGGAAAGCAGAAAAGAGUAAUUCAAACUGAAUUCCACGACUGGCUUGUAAUCUUUCUUGCUAAUCAGCUUCUAAGAGAAUUCAGCAUGGCCUAAGUACAGGGAAGUCCAUUCAAACGACAGCCUGUGAGUUGUGUAGUGCUCAGCCUGAGAGCUUGAUAUAGAGGCCAUCAGCUUUUGUUUUCCCCAGUGGAAACUUCUUCACAAUUACCAUAUCCCUACAGACUUAUUUGGUCUGAUUUUAUUGGCUAGAAGUCCAAUAGUCCUGUGUGUAGUACAGAGCUUUGCCUAUGAGAACAAAGGAAUUUAUUUAAAAUGCUUUCUUAUAAUUAACUUCCCAAAUUUGCUGUCUUCAAGCACUGGAAGAAAUGCCAGGAUAUUUGCAUUUUAAUGAGACUAACUCCCACCCCUUAUUUUACCACAAAGAGGAUUUAAAAACAUAUAAGUGUUCUGGAGCAAACACAGCAGUCCCAUUAAAUGUCCCCUCCAGCCACGCAAUUAUGAUGCUAAAUUGAACUGUAUUUUCUUCCCCAAAUGAAAUUGGGGACAUUGACAUAAUUCAGUACUGUGACUCACUUGUGUAAGAUACCUUUGAUCACCAAGGAUAACAUAAAAAUCGUAUUUUGCAGCCUGCCCGUCACACAUAGCAUCCAUUUUAAAAAGAAAAAAUAUGGAUACACUAUAGCUCCCCAAAAGGAAAAAGUGGAAAUUAUCCAUUUAUUAAAAUGCCAACAAUUUUAAAAAUUAACAUUAUAAUGUUCAUAAACUAAUCUCCAUGUAGAAUGAGUUAUCCAAAGGAGCAUAAUAAAAUGAAACCCUUAAAAACCGAGGGCUUCUGUUUUUAUGCUGUCACUAGUUUGCACUAAUAUAAUGGACCAACGCUGUUAUAGGAAAAGACAGACUUUCUCAUAGGCAGUUCAAGGCUUGAUGAUGAUUGUAGUUAUGCUUGUGAUGUCUUGUGCUUUCUUUUUUUACUUAAAGACCUAAUUCUUAAAGAUUUUAGAGCUUAUAUUUUACUUGAAUAAUGGAUAUUUUCCUAUAAAAUGGCUUUGAGAAGAGAAUUAAUAUUUGACUAGUUAGAAUUAAUUAAAAGGUAAGGGAAAACAGGGUAUGCUUAGAUUAAAUAAUUUAUGUAAAUAGAGCCUAUUUUCAACUAAUAUGACCAUAGGAGCCUUUUGAGAUUCAUGAUAUUAAACAAGUAAUGAAAUUUUAAGUAAUUAACAAAGAACUUGAACACUUUUGGUACGACAGCAUUUUUGUGCCCUAAAGUAUGUAAUGAUUUAGACAUGUGCCAUAUAUACACUACAAUAUAACUGUAUGCAUUUUGUUUCUCUGGGGACAUCUUUACACCACAGUGUACAUGGAUUUCUAAACAUUUGAAACCUUUUUUUGAAACUUGUUAAUAUGUAUGAAGUCAUAGACAUUCUCUGAAAGACUCAAAAAUUCACCAAAAAUCUGAUUAUGUACUGAAUGUUCAAUACAGCUUUGAUUUAUAGGGAUAAAAAGGAAAUCUAAGGUUAUCAGAAUAGAUUUAUUUGGAGGCAAAUUUUUCAAAACUCAAAAUUAGUGGGUGAAAAAGAUGCAAAACUUCACAAAAGAAUAAAUUCCAAAUUAAAAAAAAACAUAUACUUAAUUCCACUAACGAUAUUCUUGUGUAUGACAAUAGGUAUCCAUGAGACACUGAAAUAUGAUCAUGAUGAACUAUGAAAAUUUUUCUCCAUAGAAUUAUAUUCCUUCUGGUACCUGGUAUAGUUAAGUUAUACUCAAUGACUUUUCCUUCCUUUCCUUACUCCUAGUUUUCCUACUCACUUUUCCUAAGAGCUUGCCUAAAACUCCAGGCUCAAUAAGGCUAAUCAUGAAAAAUAACUGAAUGUAAUGAUAUAAUGAAGUUCUUCAUUUCCAAAAAUCUCUUAAUGAUUUCAAAAUUCAUUAUGCACCUGAGCCAACACACACCCAUUGAAAUUAAGAAUUUAAAAUUUUCACACCCAUUUGAGCUUCUUUCAGGUCUAAAGGAUUUGAGAUCUAGAUCUUUUAAUAUAAGUAUCAAGUGAAAUAUAGCUAGUUGGGAGUUCAAUCAUGUGCACAUUGUAUUCUGUUUUAUAUACUCUUAACAUUUAACUUAUGAUGAUCCUUAUUUAUAUUGACCUUAUGAACUCCAUUUCAUGCAAUGUAAACUGAGAUAUAUUUUCAGAGAAAUAUAGAACUAGCAUUCUUUCAGAUAAUUUCCUUUUUCUUUUAUAAUUACUCUAUGGCAAUUUUUUUAUGGGUAACUGAUUAUACAUAUUCGUAUUUCAUUGAUUCUAAGAUUUCUACUUUUUCAAUUCGCAUCUCUAAAAUUGUGAUUAUAUCUUACAAUCAUUGGCAUCUUAGAUGCAGUGUUUAAAGUUGUUCUUAUAUAACAUUACACUAAUUCAUCUUUAAAUGUUCAUGGGGAUAGGGACAUUCCUUUUCUUAUAAAUAUUUCAGAACCAAUUUAUGGUAACAUGUGAAGCCAAUUUUCAGUACAACUGAAUCACAUACAACUCAUCAUGGAGCCUAUCUGAUUAUGAGCUCAGAUCCUGCAAACCUUUAGGUUGUAAAGCUCUUUCAUCUUCCUAUUUAUACUUUAUGCUACUGGCUACGAUUUCAGCAUACCUACCUUAACUAAUAAGAAUGGGUGGGUUUCUCCCAAUUUUGCUAACAAAUUUUUAAUCUCUCUAGGCCUUUCUAAAGAAUACUUUCAUAUGAUCAUCUCAGUUUUAAACAGAAUUAACUGGAAAAUAUAUGAAACCAUUGUAAUUAGAUUUUGUAGUAUCUUGUAUGUCUGAUGUCAAUAACAAAAGAAAAAUAUGAUACAACCAAUCAGUACUGUAGGAAAAAAAC